AUGCUGGACCCCGGGCAGAGAUGGACGAGGCUGAUCUGCUUCUCGCUCUUGUGUCUGUGUGUCUGCCUGCCAAGGGAACUGAACGCCAGGAGAGCUCCCAAGAUCCCUCGUUGUCCUUCGACCUGCUCCUGCACCAAAGACAGUGCCUUCUGCGUGGACACUAAGGCCAUCCCCAAGAGCUUCCCCCCUGGAAUCAUCUCUCUGUGAGUCAAACCUUUGUGUGUGUGUGUCUGCGUGUUUUCCUAACCUGCUCCAGGUCUCAGCAGCAUGCAGGCUGGUACAGAUGGCUACAUCACUGAUGUCACCCUCCAUUAUGUAAUGAUGCAUGAAUCCCUGCUUGUCUUAUCAUCACCUCAAAGUGAGGACAGGUAGGUUUGAUGGUGCUGCUGGUCUUUUCUCCAUGAAACAAGUCAAGAGAUGUUCAAGACUACAGUAGACAAUGAGAACAGCAGAAAUGUGCUUCAGCUGCCAUUUGUUGAACUUAGUUCAGGAAGCACAGCAGUAUAAUCCUGUCGAGCUCCAGGGAGGAACGCUAACAAUAGAUGCUCUAUCUCUCUGCAGGAGACCUGCCUCUGCCCUCAGAGAUUUAAUCUCAAAGAAGGAGCAAAGACACAUUCAAUCAAAGGAGGAAACGCAGAGGAAGGUUAUUCUGUGCUGAGAGGCUUACAGGGGGCUCCUUCACAUCUGAUAUGGGCUUAAAGUUGGAGUUCAAACAGUCAAGGGAAUAACGGAGCUCAGGCGGGUCGAGGUGCCCUCAUUUUACAAAAGAGAAGAAGUGAAGAAGAAACUUGUGCGUCCUACUUUCAGAGAGAUUCAGACACCCUUGUAUUUAAUCUUGAAGGACGACCAUGUCCUGAGAGAGGACGGGCUUCAGUGGAGACGAACAGAACUCCUCAGUGUUGUGAAUAAGACAUGAAACACAUGACGUCACGACUCGGAGCUGUGGCGCCGCCUGUGUCAUCACACUUCUGAUAAUAACUCACUUUGUUUUGUCCGAUCAGGACGAUGGUGAACGCCGCCUUCACGACCAUCCCAGAGGGAGCUUUCUCGCACCUUCACCUGCUGCAGUUCCUGUGAGUGUCCCCGCCCACAACACUCUCGCCUUUUUACACCAACAUCUCCUUAAACGUGUCUACAUGAAUAUUGUUGCCUCAGCACUUCACGUCACACUGGUGUUUUCACGGUGGGGGGGUUGCAGACGUCUUUUGUUUCGCGGUGACCUCAGCUCCUUGAGAUGAAUGGUUAUUGAAAGCAGUGGUGACAUAGCAGUAAUAAGAGUAGAGAGUGUCUGUAUCAGCGACGUAGGCGAUCACUGACUCCCUUCAGUUCAGCUCAGACGGACAAAGAGACGUUUAUCUGCUCAGAUGCAAUCAGGAGUGUGUGCUCAUGUGCGAGCGAGUGUUUGUGUGUUUGGAGGUCAGUGUGUGUAAAGUCAAACUGCUGAUGUUUGUUCUUACAGUCACUUUAUUUUUACAUCUGUGCUCAAAGUUUAGAGAGACUUUUAUAAAAAUGUUUGAUGCACUUUUAUAUAUGAAAAAUGAAGUCCUGUUUAGAUCUUCAGCUGAUGUGAUUUCUGUAUCUUCUCGACAGGUUACUGAACUCCAACACAUUCACCAUGAUCGCUGAUGAUGCCUUUGCUGGUCUGUCUCACCUGCAGUACCUGUAAGUGUCUCACCUGAGCUUGAGCUGCUGAUACUGAAUGGUUUAAGGUGCUCUUUAUUAGUUUUUCAUGUACUGUAGAUAAAAUAUAUUCAUUUUAUCUUUGUUCGUGUACUUCAGAGGCGUUUAAAACAUCCCUCUUUUGAUCGUGAAGCACCUGAACCGUUGUGAUAAUGAUCCUUGUGCAGCAGAUACACAAUCGUAGAAAACAUACAGAACAAAAUGAAGACAAAAUUCAUCAACAUGUUGAAUCCUCUCUUUCUUUGAGGGAGUCAGUCAGUAUUGAUGUCCAAGCAUAUAUUUCUUUCUCCACCACAGUACAGUCAGUAUUCCUCCUGAUGAUCUAAAGCUCCAUCCUCGUCCUCAUCCACUCUUCCUCACAGCUGUUACAGCCUUAUUUGGUCUGAUGUUACCAGGAGCUCAUGAAGGCUUUAGAUGUAAAACAUGCCUGUGUUACUUAAAGCUCCUGUGAGGAGUUUGUACCUGUUAAUGAAAUUAGCAGCACUGCCGUUUUAUGACCUGAAUCAGCGAGUGAAACAGCUGGUGAGGAGAUUGACGGUUUCUAAACUGUGUUUCUUUAAAUUCAUCGACAGCUGGGAAGGGUUAGGUGUCGGAUGAGACAACUUUCAGCAAGUAUGAGAGAAAAAGUGUGAGAGAGAGAGGUCUUAUAGUGGUGGGAAUAAACUGGAGACAGACUGAGGAGUUAUCAUCAGCUUUAAUCAUUCACAGUCAGAACAUGUUAGAUCACAGAGGGGUCAUUAUUUAACAGAGAAGCAAUAGAGAAGAUGGCAAAACGUAUGAAAAUAACAAAGAGCUUCAUAGACUCACUGUAUGAUGAACUCACUUAUUACAUAAAGCUGAACAAGUGUUAAUAAACACCCACAUAAUUAUAAUAAUGAUGAUAUAUUAAUUAUUAUAGAACCGUGGGUAUGGCCCUGCUAGAAGACCUUUAGAGCAGUCAAACUCAGGGAUUUACAUUGGGUUCUCAGAUUUAGUUUGGAGCCGCUUUAAGGCUUUAAAAGCAACAAAGAGUUUGCUUCUUCCUUAAAAAAGAUUGGGACUAACCUGGUAAAAUAAAGUUAAAUUCAUUUAACACAAAAAAGAGGCUGUGGAUGUGUGAUAAAAUGUGUUUAAAGCCCAGCAGCAGAAUUUUGAAUUAAUUGUUGUCUUUAGAUAUUGUUGUGCUGGCAGGUUUAAAGUGUUUUACAUUUGUCAAGUUUGGGAGGAACAAAUGCAUGAAUGUCUUUUUCUUAGUCUGCAGACAUAGAGAGGAAAAUCCUGAUUGAAGUUGAGUGUCCCAGCUGAGAAAAACAGACUACAUGACUCUAGGAACCUGGGUAUAAAAGUCAAAAAAGACCAGGUCCAAAGGGGGUUAUACUGUUGACUUCAGCUGUCGUAAAAUCAGUGUUUUCAGACUUUUACACGACAGAGAGAUGAGUGUUUUCAUCAUAACAGUGAGAAGCAUGUAAACAGAGAAUAAGAGGGGACCGAGGAUAGAACCCUGGGGGACUCCACAAGAGAGAGAAAAGGCAGUACUAAACACUACAGAGACAGACCUCUUUGACAGGCAGCAGAAAAUCCACAUUCAGUAUUUGGUAUCUCUGGAUCGGUGUGGUUUUCUCUUUUACCUUGACCUGUGUGGACUGCAGAGUUCCUGCAGUCUCCCUCAGAAAAGUCAGCUGAUUGUCUGUCAGCUGAUUUAUAGAAGUUUGGUCGUUUCUACCAGCAGAACAUUCCUGAUGGCAGAUUUGGACAUUUUUGGUCAUGUAUCACGUGUAAUAGUUUUGUUCUCUUUGGGUUUGGGAGGAUUUUGAUGAAGUGGUACUUUUUAAUCUUUUUGCUGAGUCAGUCUUUUCUGAGUGUAAGCUGAUUUUCAACAACAAAAAAAAAAACUCUCCCUCCUUUCUCGUUAAAGUCGAUCCAUCACUCACAGAGGCGCCUGGAAAGUUCUGCACAUUUCCGUGUUUCUGAAGCGAGCUGAUAAAGAUGUUGUCUGACACUUACCGUCUGGCAGGAGUCACAAACAUAUAAAACGUCUUGUACAUGAGUGGUUUAAUUUUCUCCUAAUGGCCUUGUUUACUUUUGUCGCUCAUUAAAAUCCUUUAAUUCCAGUCUGUUUGAAAAGAAGCUAAACCUGAACAGGGGUGUAAGCUGUGGCAGAUUUCCUACUUUGCACUUUUGUUUUGCCUCGCUGUUUACUUUAGUGAGUGAUUAGUAAUAAGAAGGUCUGACAGGUGCGUCGAAGUGGGUUUAUUUCUCUCUUAUGUAAUGGAAAAUCUGACUCCAGGCUUUGCUGUAAAAUUGAAGGAUUGGACCCUGCAGUACAGCAAAGAGCAGCAGAAGAAAAGCGGGGGAUAAAUCCUCCUCUGACAGCGAGCAUACUGCCUCUGUAGUGUGAUGAAGCUGAAUCUGCCUUUCUGUGAAUUGAUGGGCUUCAGAAAGUCUUUAGCUGAUGACUCUGAGCGUGCAGCCGUACCUCAGGGCGGCUCGCCGUGUGGCUCCUGGCUGCAGACCAGCCAUCAGGCCUCACUGCUUCACUGUCACUAUCACUGCUACUCACUCUGCAUGCUAAUAAAGUCGUGUUUUUAUAUCUGGACACCUCCAGAGUCUGCACGUGAUGGAUGUCCUCCAUUAUCAACGGGCUGAUAGCAGGCAGUACAGGAUCAAAUGACGCUGACACUUUGAUAAAACAGGCUGCACAGCGUUAUCAAAGACAGGAAAUGAGUUUUUACUGUUAGUCAGAUCACUUUGCAUCGAUUCUCCUCAAAACUUACUUAAAAAUCCUCGUUAUUCUGUCAUUUUUUCCACCUUCUUGCUCGAUAAUCCCUCAGAUGCAGACUGUGCAAAUCCUGAAAUAAUUCUUGCUUGCAGCGGUGCUCCUGUCGCUCUCUGCACUGACAGCACAACCUCCCUGAAUAAAGAGGACAACAUUACAUAAUACAGGCCCUAUUUCAUAGUUUGUCAUCACUGCGGGACAUCUGAGCGGUUUGUUCUCUCUUCGCAGGUUCAUUGAGAAUAAUGACAUCCAGGCUCUUUCAAAGUACACCUUCAGAGGACUCAAAUCCCUGACUCACCUGUAAGUAUCCUGCUGAAAACCGAGAUUGAAAGUGUUUGAUAAAAACUUGUCCGGAGGCAAAUAAGAGGGACUACUUCUGUUUUUUUUACUCAGAUCUCUGUCAAACAACAACCUGCAGCAGCUGCCGAGAGAUCUCUUCAAACACCUCGACAUCCUCACAGAUUUGUAAGUGUGACCUUGCUGAAAUCAAAGCAGUUCGCUGACAUCCCAGGAGCUUCAACCCCACGAUCUGUCACCAUAAAACUCUGCUUUUCUCAAGUCUCCCAAGGGCUCAGAAGAGUCCUAAACCCAUCUGUAAAACUGUCACAUUUUCUUUUUGAAAGGUUUGGAGGAUUCUUGUUCCUGCUCUCCAGACACAGACUCAUAUGUUUUCCCUCCUCUUCCUUCUCCUCAGGGACCUGCGGGGAAACUCUUUCCGCUGCGAUUGUAAAAUCAAGUGGCUGGUGGACUGGAUGGAGAAGACCAAUACUUCUGUUCCCGCGAUCUACUGUGCCAGUCCGUUUGAAUUCCAGGGACGGAGAAUCCACGAUCUGGCGCCGCGAGACUUCAACUGCAUCAGCGCAGGUUGUAUAUCGUCCCUCCUGAAACAUGCCCCCUCAAAAGUUCUGCUUAAUUAAUUUGUUCCCAUUUUUUUUUUUAGAUUUUGCCGUUUAUGAGACCUUCCCUUUCCACUCUGUGUCUGUGGAGUCCUACGAGUUUAACGGGGAUCAGUUCGUCGCCUUUGCUCAGCCUGACUCAGGGUUCUGCACCCUGUAUGUGUGGGAUCAUGUGGAGAUGGUCUUCAGGAAGUUCAGUAACAUCACGUGUGAGUUUCUCUCUAUAAUCACAUCAGUAUUAUAAAAAUCUUUGCUGCAAAAAUCAGUUUUUCUCUUUCUGCAGCUCGCUCUGCUGUGUACUGCAAACCAGUGGUGAUCACCAGCAGUCUCUACAUGGUCGUGGCUCAACUGUUUGGUGGAUCUCAUAUCUACAAGUAAGACUUUCAAUGUGUCGAAUUCCUCUCAUGACUGUAAAAGAGUAGCUGGACUCUUUGGCUCAAGACUUACAGGAUGAAAACAACACCAGUCUUCUAAAAAUAGACCGCUGGUGAAUAAGACUGAUGUCUUUUUUAACUGUCACUGCAAACACAACAGACUAAUCCAAACUAAUCCUAAAAUCUAAAACAGAUCGCUGAGUCACCUACCUGGUGGAUAUUUCCUACUGCUCCUGACAGCUUUCAGCAGUCUUAUUGUUUACAUCUUCAGCCGGUGUGGCCUUCAUUCUUUUGUAUCUCUGUGUUAGGUGAUGUUCACCUUUGUGACUUGUUAAAACAGCCGAGUCCAUGGAGCACAGAGGCUUUUAUUUUGGUCACUGUUGACCUGCUAAACAUGAACCAACAUCCUGUUUGCUUCCUUCUGCAGAGUCCUUUGGUUUUUGACGGUUUCUCUGUAUGUUUAAUUUACUCUUGUGCGCCGCGUUCCUACUGAAGCUGGAUGUGACGUUUUUGCCUUAGACAGGUGUAGGCUGUCUAAGGUAGUCUGUGUGAGGGUGCAGUGAUUGGACGACAGAUUUUAUCUAAGGGAUAUGAUUGGUGUAUUAUUGGCUGCUAUGACAGAUCUAGGAUCAGAAAGAAGCAGAACGUGGAAUUUUCCAAGAUCAGCUGGGACACCGAGUAAACUUGUUAAGCUUACAUCUUACAGGAUUUUAUUGUAUUUGUUUGCUUAUUUUUGUCCAUCUUUCGCCAAGUGGAGGGAAAUCGACCUACUGUCCUCCAGAGAACAGUCUGGCAUAAAACCCUGGACAGAGACAGACUUUCCCUCUCGUUUUCGGUGUUAUAUUUAGUUAAUUUGACAGUCAUUACUCUUAAAGAAAGUACAUCUCCAUGUUUCCUGAUAUGUUGACUGUCACAUUUAAUCAUGAAAUAGCUUUAGGGAGAUUGUAACGGCCUCUGUGUUACUUCAGGUGGGAGGAGGACCCUCAGCGCUUCGUUAAGAUCCAAGACAUCGACACCACCCGAGUGAGGAAACCAAACUUCGUGGACACCUUCCAGAUAGAUGGAGAGUGGUACUUUGUUGUAGCGGACAGCUCUAAAGCAGGAUCUACAAGCAUUUAUCGCUGGAACAGCAACGGCUUCUACUCCCACCAGUCCCUUCACCCCUGGCACCGAGACACCCACGUGGAGUUCCUGGACGUCGCGGGAAAGCCUCACCUCAUCCUCUCCAGCGCCUCUCAGCCUCCUGUGGUUUACCAGUGGAACCGAAACCAGAAGCAGUUCGCUUUCUUCUCCCAGAUCACCGAGCUGGCCGACGUGCAGAUGGUGAAGCACUUCUGGGUGAGGAAAGUCCUCUACCUUUGCCUCACCCGCUUCAUCGGCGACUCCAAGAUCCUUCGCUGGGAGGGGCAGCGUUUUGUGGAGAUCCAGACUCUUCCCUCGCGGGGUUCAAUGGCGGUGUAUCCUUUCACAGUGGGACUCCGGCAGUACCUCAUCCUGGGCAGUGAUUUCUCCUUCUCCAGAGUCUACCUGUGGGACGACCUCACGCAGCGCUUCCAGCCCUUCCAAGAGCUCAACAUGAGAGCCCCGCGGGCGUUCAGUCUGGUCUCUGUCGACAACAAGGACAUCCUGCUGGCCGCCAGCUUUAAAGGAAACACCCUGGCCUACCAGCAUCUGGUGGUGGAUCUCAGCGCGAAGUAG